AGGAUGACAUCUGUUAUAUGGACUGUGGCCAGCCUUAAAUCUGGUUAUUGCUGUUUGGAACGUGCUGCUGAAAACCAGACUUAAAAAGGCUCUUCCUGUUAAUGCACAGCUUAUUCUGUCUCUUGCUUCACAGGGAAGAAAAGCUGAUUUAGUAAUUGAAAUGGAUGCAAUACUAAAUUACAGGUCAGAAGAUACUGAAGAUUACUACAUGUUACUGGGAUGUGAUGAACUGUCUUCGGUUGAACAAAUCCUGGCGGAAUUUAAAGCCAGAGCCUUGGAAUGUCACCCUGACAAGCAUCCUGAAAACUCCAAAGCUGUGGAGACUUUUCAGAAACUGCAGAAGGCAAAGGAAAUUCUCACUAAUACAGAGAGUCGUGCCCGGUAUGACCAUUGGCGAAGGAGCCAGAUGUCAAUGCCAUUCCAGCAGUGGGAAGCUUUGAGUGAUUCGGUGAAAACAUCAAUGCACUGGGCUGUCAGAGGUAAAAAAGAUCUGAUGCUGGAAGAAUCUGACCAGGUUCAUACCAACCAGAUUGAAAAUGAGGAACGGAACAAGCAAAGAGAAAUAAAGAAAGAGAAGCUGGGUUCAACCACAGAGAAAAUGGAGCAAAAAGAAUCCAACUCCUUGGAGAAGUCAUUCUCCCCGCAAAAUCUGGAUUCUCCAAUGGUUGAUAUUUACUUUGGAGUUUGCUUUUUGAUGCCUCUUCUGUGAUCAGCAGCCCUCAAAUAGUCCCCAUGUUAUUCUGACUCUUCACUGCAACCAGUAAAAUAUGGAGCACAGCCUCUGAAAACUGGUGCGUGACACAACCUCACUUUUCUUUUCUUUCCAUGUAAAUAUACAAUAAAUAUGGCUUCUGAUAAAUGCAAAUCUAGAAUCAAAUCGUUUGUGUAGCAUUCUGGAGUUAGAAAAAAGGAUCAUAUGUAGCCAAUGCUGUUGGUGUGCUGCCAUAUUUUCUGGGCAUCUAAUUUCUCAUUGCCAAUUCUAUGGUUUCUAUCAGAGGGCUUUCUCUGGCACUUGAGCUGGCUUGGCAGUAAGUGCCAGGGAAUAAACACCCUCUGGAUGUAGCCAUCAGACACUGAUGAAUGUGAGUGGGAAACUCCUUUACUUCUCUAACUGGAUAACUCUUAGGGGUUUUUAUACUGUCUUCCAGGGGUCCCCAUCGUAAUCAAGCCCCAGUUGCCCAGGGUGGCAACUUGCCUGAUAAUGUACCUUUUAUAAACUUGGUUCCUUUCUCUACUUUCCUACCAGGGUCUCUUUGAAUCACCUUUCAAAUUAUCCACUUGCAUUCAAAUUCUUGUCUGGGGCGUCUAUUUCUAUUGGAAACCAAACUAGAAAACACUUUUUUCAAACUAUAAAAUAACAAGUAUUUACAGUAGAAAUGUGAGAAAUAUGGUCAAACAAAAGGUAGAAAAUACAACUUCUAAUAUUAGCACUUAGGGACAUAUCUAUUAUUGGUCUUUUGGUAUAUAUGUAUAUAUAUUAGUAUACCUAAAACUAAGGAUCAUACUAUAUAUAUUUUAUGUGUGUAUUUCAAUUAUAGGUUGUCAGAAAUUUUCUUUUGCUUUUUUCCUAAGAGGAAUUAUUUUUUUAAUGUUUAUUUAUUUAUUUUAUUGUUUCUUUAUUUGACAGAGAAAGAGUGUGAGCAGAGGGAGGGCAGAGAAAGAGAGACAGAGAGAGAAAUCCCAAGCAGGCUUCUCGCUGUCAGCUCAGAGUCCAAUGCAGGGCUUGAACCCCUGAGCCCCGAGAUCACGACCUGAGCAGAAAUGGAGUGGGAUGCUUAAGUGACUGAGCCACCCAGGCACCCCCCUAUAGGAGAAUUCUUAAAUAUGUUUUGUCUGAGAAUUCUAAAGAAAGUGCAAACAGAUCGUUUUCUUGGGACAACCACUGUCAACUGUCCUGUGUAUAUUUUUCUGACAAGAUAUUUAGAUAGUAUUUUAAAAUAUCAAUGGAAACAUUUUGUAUAUUAUUUUGGAACCUGUUUUUUCAUGGGCAAUAUUAUAAACAUAAAAAAAGACAUAAGGAAUAUGUGUCCAUUGCAGAACAAUAAGAAAAUACAGAUUUUUUAAAAAGUGUCAAAAAUGAAAAUCACAUGUAUUCCAACUAUCCAGGGAUAACUAUUAACACUGAGGAAUAAUUCCUUAUAGACUUUCAAAAAUUUUUACAUAAAUAUCCAUGUAAUAAUGAAUUUAGGAAUGAGAUCAUACUAUAUACAUUAUUUUUUAAAUACCUGUCAGUUAGCAAUAUGUUAUGAGCAUUUUUCUAUGACCAUAAAUAUUAAAAAAAUUGUUAAUGCCAAUAUAAAAGGCUUUUAAACAACUUUCUAUUGCUGAAGAUUUAGAUUGUUUCUUGAUUAAAAAAAUUUAUAAAUGGUGUCACGACAAAUAUCGUUAUAGUUAAACCCUUGAACACAUCUGUGAUUAUUUCCUUAGGAUAAACUUCUAGAAGUAGAAUUAUUAGAUAUACACAUUUUAAUUAGUUUGAGAAAUUUUGCCAAAUUGCUUGCCAAAAGAUUUUUACCAAUUUACACUCCCAUCAAUAGAAAAGGAAAAAGGCCUUUUUUCUAGUGUUCAGCAAAGUUGCUUAUUAGAAUUAAAAAUAAUCUUACUUUCAUGGAGUAAAUUAUUUGUAUUUCCAGAGAUCCUUUACCAUUGACCUUUUACUUUUGGCAGCUGUUUGGAAGUUGUUUCCAAUUUCCAUGCUAGUGAAUUGCCAAAAUUCCCACCACUGAAGGUUUCUAUAAAUAUCCUUUUAUUAAUAAGCAUUUAAGCACAUGAGUUUCUUUCAUCCAUAUAAACUAAUUCUUGUUGAUAAGAAUUCAAAAGUCGACUCUACAGAUCAAAAAGAAAAUGAUCCAAAAUAAUCCAAAAGAAAAAGGGAAGGAAACUAUAUAAACAGUUCAGUAGAGAAAAUAUAGCGGCUCUUAAACAUAUGAAAAGAGGUUUAAUCUCAACAUAAUUAGUGAAACGGUAACUUCUCUUAAUGUACACUUUUAUGAAUCAGUGAGACAUAAGAUCAACCAUCUAGUAAAAAAAGAA